CGGGUCAAGACCGAAUCGGUUCGAAGGGUCAAGACAGAACCGCCUUUGGUGUUAAGGGUUUAAGUUUAUGUAUUUAAUGACGAAGGAGGUGCGGGAACAGUUUGGUGCUGUCCCUCAAUCACUGUUCCGGCGAGUUCAGGACGAAUUGUCUUUCUAGUUAAGAUUGUUAGAUCCUGGUUUUGGUUCGGGUGGAGAAUUUUAGUGCUUAGAUUGGGAUUGCAACUUGCUUUAUUGUUCUACAUUUUCUGUAUCUGUGGGUGCUGAGGUUGAAUAUGGACUGAGAUGCUUAAGUAAAAAGUUUCCUUUGGAAUGGUUGACAUUGAGCACUUCCUGGAUGCUGCAGAGAAGUUUGAAAUAUAUUUUCCUGAGUAACAAUUGUGAUGAGGUGCAAUGCUUGUUGGAGAGAAUUGGAAGGUCGAGCUGUAUCAACCACUUGUGGUCAUCUCUUCUGCAAUGAAGAUGCAAACAAGUUAGUAAGCAAUGACGCUGCCUGUCCAAUUUGUGAUCAAGUACUCUCUAAAAGUCUUAUGAGGCCGGUUGAUAUAAAUCCUAGUGAUGAAUGGAUCAAUAUGUCAAUGGCUGGAGUUGCUCCACAAAUACUCAUGAAGAGUGCAUACAGGAGUGUGAUGUUUUACAUUGGACAAAAGGAACUUGAAAUGAACUUUAAGAUGAACAAGAUAGUUGCACAGUGCCGGCAGAAAUGUGAGGUUAUGCAAGAAAAGUUUACUGAAAAACUGGAACAAGUACACACUGCAUAUCAAAAAAUAGCUAAAAGGUGCCAAAUGAUGGAACAGGAGAUAGAGAACUUAUCAAAGGAUAAGAAGGAAUUGCAAGAAAAAUAUGCAGAAAAAUCCAGGCAGAAGAGAAAGCUCGAUGAGAUGUAUGAUCAAAUAAGAACUGAGUAUGAUUCUAUGAAACGUUCAUCAAUUCAACCAGCCAACAAAUUUUUUGCUAGAACUGAGCCAGAGUUGUUCUCAGGAAGGAGAGAGGAGAUGUGGCCAUCGACAAAGAACACUAAUUUGGAAGCCUUUGAACUUUCCGGUGGCUCACCAGCAAAAACAACAGCUGGUCCUGUUGAGUCUGGAACAAGAAGGCAGAUACGUCCUCCUUUUGGAUCUGGUAUAAGCAACCCCGCAGCAACUCUGCGCAACCUCAUAAUUUCACCUAUGAAGAGGCCCCAACUUUCCCGCAAUCAUGCUCGGUUAUUCACAUGAAGCUUGUACUCCCCUGGCAUGUUUUGAGAUGGCAUUUUCCCCUAACAGGGCCUUUUAUCAGGCACUUUCUGUUGAUAUAUUUUUUUCUUAAAAACAAAAGAUAUAGAUA